GCGGUCAAUGCACACAAAUUGUGCCGUGGGAACAAUUUUACGACGACGUCACGGCGCUGUAUAUCACACUGCAGCACCCUGUUUGCCGCCGUGCGUGUUCCCAACGUCUGCAAGUGCUGGAAGAAAAGUAUAAUCUCUACAAGCUCUGCAACAAUGAGAUUGAGAAUUUGGAUCGCUAUCGCCGCGGUGGUGGCGUUUUCGCCAACAGCACGAAGGUUGACAAUGGUGUCUAUCUCUCUUCAAUCAUGAAUCCGCAAUGGUUAGUCGAAUACAUUCAGGAGGUGCUGGAGUUGGAGGGGGGUGAAGUGGUGUAUCUCGCUGGUGAUACCAAAGAGCCUCAGACGCUAGAGUCCUUAUGUGAACAACUGGACCUCGCAGAUCCCUCCCAGAUGAGUGUCGAUGGACUUGGCCUCUCGCCACCAAGCGAAAAGCGUUUGUAUCGCUACGAUGUGCUUGACCCGGAGUUGAACCGCGCUGGCCGCAAUACUGCAGAACUUCUGCGUCUUUUCCUCACGCCAGAUACGUUGAACAAGGGACGAUACUUUGCGGAAGCCGUGCGACCCAUUAUGGCAAUUAAUAGCUCACGGCAGCGAAGCAUUCAAGCUACUGAGAGCAUCAUUGAAAUCUGCGGUCUUUCCCCGGAUGACUGGGAAAAGAUGGCGAACUGGAUCCACGAUAACGGGCUGGACGAGCAGCAAAACAAUCAAUGGCUCAUUGCGUUGCCUCGGCGACAGAUACGGAAGGAGACGACGCGUGAAUCACUCGAACAUUACCAGCAGCAUCUUGAGAAUCUUUUUCUGCCGCUCUUUAUGGCGACUUUGGCACCAGAGGAUCCAAAAAACACGCAGGUGGCAUCUUUCUUGUCUCGUAUUGGUGGGUUUGUGAUUGUGUCGGAUGAGGAAGAGCGUGAAAGUGAGUUUCAGAGGAAAGCGAGGCGGCCAGCGGAGGUUUCCUGGUCAGAGAAUGUCUGUGAUCUCUACUUUGCGUACCACAUCUGGGUGAAUCUCUGUUCCCUGAACGCGUUUCGUCGUCGCAAAGGACUUGGCACACUGCAGUUACGUGCCAUUGCCGGUGGACGUAGUAGUCAGAUGGAUGUUCUUGUUUACUCCUACCUUCUGUGUGAUAGUGUGGCAAACGGUGUUAUUCUUGAUCACCAGCCUGUGCUGCAGUAUCUCUACGGUAUCCAGCGUAUCGGCAUGGUGAUGUCGCCUUUAAGCAACAACGGUCUGGGUCUUCCAUACAUGCAAAACCCAUUUCAUAUUUUUUUUCGCCGUGGUCUGAACGUGUCACUUGCCACUGAUCGACCGUUGCUAUUUCAUCUUUCUAAAGAACCACUUAUUGAGGAAUAUGGUACGGCGAGUCGAUUGUAUCAGCUUUCCGGUAUUGAUAUUUGUGAGAUUGCGCUUAACUCCGUGAUGAUAUCGUCCUUUCCAUAUGGCACAAAGGCGGCGUGGCUGGGCGAAGCCUUAUUGACGGAAGGACCUAAAGGAAAUAUCUUUGAGUACAGCAAAGUGCCGACCGCACGCCUGGAGUUGCGGCAGGACAUGUGGCAGACGGAACUGAAUAUCAUUACCGAGGCGGCAAAGCAAAAUUCACGUGUCGAUGAUACCACCACUGUGGCGUCACAGAUGCCUGUUGCUGCCGUUAUUACUGCUGCGAACUGUUCUACCUCUACUGGAGAAUACUCUGCGACGAGUUCUGUGACUACUACCGCAAUUGUGCAGUCAAAUCAUGUACUAUCAAGUCAGGUGCCUUUUGUCGUGUUGGACCCGAGAAUUGAGUAUCCGCGGGUGGUGUUUGUUGGACCGCCGGAGCGCGAUCCUUCUCACACGGUGGCGACACAAUUACUGCACCGCGCAUUGGAACUGCGUGCUCAGUACGUUGGCCUGAACCGUCUCGGGGAGGUCCUGGACGGGAAGGAUAUGUUGAACCCACACGAAAUUGAGAAUGCGUUCCGCCGUGACGAAGCGUUUGAUGAGAACGAAUGGAUGUUUAAGACGGUCGAGGGGGUUCUUGUGCCACACGAGGUGCACCAAAUCCCGCGACUUCCAAAAGAUAUGUUUCAUUACGAUGACUUCCGUGUGCAUGUACAGGAGCUUCGGCUCAUUUUGGAGAACAUUCAUGUGCGUAACUUCACGACACGGCGCUUAAACCUGCUUGAACACAAAUUCAUGCUGCACCUCGCGGUAAACCGCAGUCUUGAAGCAGGGACAACGGCAAAAAAAGCUUCACAGAACCGUGACUUUUACCAGGCGACAAAGGUGGACAAUAACAUCCAUGUGGAGACGUGCAUGACGGCGCGGCAUCUGUUAAACUUCAUUGUAUCAAAGGCAAACAACAAUGGCGAUGACAUUGUGUCCCAUCAGGAGGGGAGGGAGCCGCAGACACUGCGGCAACUUUUGCAGGAGUUGCAGAUCUCUCCAAACACACUCACCGUGGAUGACCUCAACGUGCAGGUGGACAC